GCGGUGUACGCCUACGAUGCAACGCGUGACGAUGAACUUACUUUUGCCGAAGGGGACGUGAUUACAAUUGUGCAUCGCAAUGACGAUGGUUGGUUUGAAGGUGUUCUCAACGGCAAGCGCGGCCUCUUCCCCGGUAACUAUGUUGAGGAAAUGGAGGACACAGAGGCCUAG